AUGGAUGUUCCAGAUUUAAAAUAUGCACGAGGCGGUCUUGGUGUGCUUAUGGGACUAUUCUUUGGAGCUUUGGAAAAUCCGAUAAUGGCAGAGGAGAUGACAGCAAGGCAGCAAAUAGUAUACACAACAAAGCAGAUGGGUAGUAGAAGUAUAAGUAAUGCCAAAACCUUUGCAGUCAUGGGUCUGAUUUUCUCAGCAGCUGAAUGUACCAUAAAGAAGGUUCGAGCAAAGCAUGACACUACCAAUACAGCGGUAGCUGGUUGUGUCACUGGAGGAGCUUUAGCUGUAAAAGGUGGCCCUAAAGCUACAUGCUUUGGAUGUGUGGGGUUUGUUGCGUUCUCAGUGGCAAUUGAGAAGUUCUUUGAUCGGUAUACUUGA